CCAUCCAUUUAUUCAGAGAGUGGUUUGGUCAUCUCUCUCUCUCUUCCUAACACAAUCUCUCUCUCUCUUUCUCUCUCUCGGGAUAAUAUCUGUUCUUAUGUUUGAAGCUUUUCGUCGCUGUUAGAUCGAUUUCGUUUUGAUCUUCAAAAGGCUUUCUAUUUGCAGUUCUUGUGUAUAUAUAUAUAUAUUUAUAUAUUAUAUAAACACACAUAUAUAUAAUCUUCGUGUUGGAUUUGAAUCAACAUUAUUAGGGUUUAUUUCGUAUUCUUCAUAUUCUAGAAUUCGUCGAACCAACCGGCUAAUUCGAUCUCGUAUUCGUCUACGAGAAUCGCUAGCCAGACCGUUCUGGUUCUACACUGAUCCACUCCGAUUCGAUUUACGGUCGAUUUUCCGAUACAUUUUCCGGCUUGAAUAUCAUUUUCGCACUUACAAUCGUCUAUAGGGUUUAUAGAAGUUGAAUUAGGGUUUUUGUGGGUUUUUUUUUUUUUUUUUUUUAAUAAAAAAAUUCGGGAUUUUGGAAAUGUUGCCUGGAUUGCAGUUUGGGCGAAGUCGCGGAGAGGAUCGAUUUUACAAAGUUCGGAGAAAUCAUCAUAACCAGCAAAAUCGUGAUCAUCUUCGGAGAGCUCAGAGCGAUGUGACGGUCAGCCAAUCUCCUUCGAUAAAGGAGAAGCCUUUGGUUUCGCCGCCGGCGAAGAGGGAGCUAGAGAAUCAGUCAGGAUCCGAAGAACCUCCGAAGUCGGUCUCUGUUCCUGCAGUGGAGCCAGUAGUGCCACCUUUGUGUAAUCUCGAUCGGUUUUUGGAAUCGGUCACGCCUUCUGUUUGUGCUCAGUAUCUCUCUAAGAGAACUUUAAGGGGAUUGAGGACUUGUGAUGUUGAAUUUCAACCUUACUUUGUGCUUGGCGAUUUGUGGGAAUCAUUUAAGGAGUGGAGUGCCUAUGGUGCUGGAGUACCAUUGAUUUUGAAUGACAGCGAUUGUGUGGUUCAGUAUUAUGUCCCUUAUUUAUCUGGAAUCCAGAUAUACGGCAACUCUGCGAAGAGUUCAAUGAAAUCGAGUAAUAGGCGACUCGGCGAGGACAGUGAUAGUGACUAUUUCAGGGAUUCGAGUAGUGAUGGAAGUAGUGAUUGUGAGCAUGAAAGAGGCUUCUUGAAUUACUCAAGCAAACAACAGAAUCAAUACAACCUAACGAACGAAAUUCCUCUUAGAAUGGAUAGAAUGUCUUUGAGAGACCAGCAUGUUGCACUUCAAGGAGGCUCCUCAAGUGAUGAGGGUGAAUCUAGGAAUCCUCGAGGCCAACUGCUGUUUGAGUACCUUGAACGGGACCCACCUUUCAGCAGGGAACCUCUAGCUGAUAAGAUAUCUGAUCUUGCCCACCGUUUUCCUGAGCUCAAAACAUUAAGAAGUUGCGAUUUAUUAUGUACCAGUUGGAUUUCUGUGGCCUGGUAUCCAAUAUACCGGAUACCAACGGGACCAACUCUAAAGGAUUUGGAUGCUUGCUUUCUGACCUUCCAUUCUCUUCAUACACCCAUGUCAGGUACUCAAGGUGCCCAGCUUCCUGUUGUGACGUGUCAUAGUGAGAUGGACGGUGUCCCUAAUAUUUCAUUACCAGUCUUUGGUCUAGCUUCAUACAAGUUCAAAGCAUCCUUGUGGACCCCACAAGGAGGUUGUGAUUGCCAAUUAUCAAACUCCCUCUUGCAGGCUGCUGACGAUUGGCUGAAACUACUUCAGGUCUAUCACCCGGAUUUCCUUUUUUUCUGCCGUAGGUGAAACUAGGGGACGACUUCUUUGUGCUAAACCGUUCGAGGGCAAGAAACCUUACUCCUUCCUUGGUAUGUUCACGGGCCACCAUCUAUAAGUGAAGAUUUCCUUCAGUCUUGUGGGAAUUGAAUGGCAAUUACUUUGGGUGGGGUGGGUUGGUUUGUGUCUGUGGUUUUAUUUCCUGUUAUUCGUAUUUAUAAGAAAAAAGAAAAGAGAGGAAAAUAAAGUUCAGCAAAAAAAAGAGAAAAAAGAAAAGAUGUAGUAAUGGAAGGAGGGGUAGUGUAAUAAAGGAUCAAGGGAAAUGGAGUAGAGAAAAAAUAGAGUUAGAUGCAGGGCUGGGCUAAGCCUGGGUAAGUGGCAGUUAGGCCUGCUAUGAUCGUCUCGUUCUUGUUUUUUACUAUAUUUAUUAUAUAUAUGGUUAAAGUUAUGAGAGAACAGGCUCUUUUUAUUCUUGUCCUGGUGAUCAGUAUGUAGGUUGUAACAUCUUUUUUUUUUUUUUUUUUAAUUUAUUUUUAAGAUUUCAAGGGAAUUUUGAUAGAGGCUUUACAAGAAUUUCAAGUUUUACCUUCCCUAUGAUAUGUAUUACUAACUUUUAUGUUGUUUUACAGCAAAUUUUACUUAAAUUGUAUUGGCUUUAAUGAACUUAUGUUUUGGUGUA